CCAAGAAGAAGCCAUCAAAAUAGACCAGGAAUUAUUCAAUGAAUACAGAUUCAGCGUGGAUCAAUUAAUGGAGCUCGCUGGUUUAAGUGUUGCUACUGCCAUUGCAAAAACUUAUCCAGUGCACGAAAUGGUGAAAAAGGGAACGCUUUUGGUAUGCUGUGGCCCAGGGAACAAUGGCGGAGAUGGUUUAGUCUGUGCUAGACAUUUAAAAUUGUUUGGUUACGCACCAACAAUCUACUAUCCUAAACGCACCAAUAAGCCUUUAUACGAAAAUUUAACCAUACAGUGCCAAGAAAUGGACAUACCUUUUUUGUCCUUCAUCCCUGAUGCAAAGUUAAUUGAUGAUUCCUACAACCUAAUUGUAGAUGCUUUGUUUGGUUUCAGUUUCAAGCCACCUGUUCGCCCAGAAUUUGAAGAUAUUAUGAAUAAAUUGAAAGUACUGAACAUUCCUAUUUGCAGUGUUGACGUUCCUUCAGGUUGGGAUGUAGAAAAAGGUUGUGAUGAUGGUAUACAACCGGAGUUCCUGAUUUCUCUAACUGCUCCAAAAUUGUGCAGCCAACACUUUAAAGGCAAAUACCAUUGGCUUGGAGGUCGAUUCGUGCCACCUAGUUUGUCAUCCAAAUAUGAACUUAAUUUACCUUCUUAUCCAGGAACAGAUUGUUGUGUUGCUUUACCAAUGUCUACAUCUUAAUUUUAUCUCGACCUCUUGUCUUCCUGUUAAUUUUGCCUAAAUGAAUACAAAAAGAAGGAAUUAUUUGAUGGCUUUUUACAUUUGACUCAAAUAAUUAAAGAAAGUUGUUCAUUAGAUGCGAAUAUAUCAAACAGAAUGAAAGCUUGUUAAAAAUUAUUUAGUUUUUUAAAAUUAUUUUUGGUUGUGUAAUAUUGUUUUAUAUUCCAUUUUUCUGUUAUAGUUGAUAUUAAUUUAUAAAUUGUCUCUCGUCUUAUAAACUAUCUAAGUGAACUAUAGUUUACGAUGUGAAAAAUUUUUUUGUUGUUCCAUAUUAAUGUGUUUAAAUAAAUAUUACUUGAGAUAUUGAUUGGAUUAUGCUACCAAGUUCUGUUGUGUGAAGUUUUAUACUUUAUGAAAUAAAAAUUACUUCUUAUAUCGAA